UGCAAUACGGGAGGAGUCCCAGAACCAGGGCCAUGAUUGGCUCACCUGGCCCUGGUGGGCGUGCCUUAGUGCCACGGCCGAAAAAGUGGCGGGCAGUCCUGGCUGCUUCUCUGGUUGCCGUUUUAACUUUGACGCUGCCAGGAAGUAGCCAGGCCUGUCCGCCGCGUUGCGAGUGCUCGGCUCAGCUGAGGUCAGUGUCGUGUCAGCGGCGGCGGCUCACCAACAUCCCCGAAGGAAUCCCCACCGAGACACAGCUCCUGGAUCUCAGCAGGAACCGACUCCGAUGGGUGCAAGCGAGCGAUCUAGCACCGUACCCCCGGCUGGAGGAAGUGGAUCUUAGCGAAAACCUCAUCGCCACAUUAGAACCCAAUUCCUUUGCGAGUCUGCCCAAUCUGAAAGUGUUGAAGUUGAGGAGCAACCAAUUGAAGUUAGUGCCCAUGGGGGCCUUUGCCAAACUUGGCAAUCUGACCAGCCUGGACCUGAGCGAGAACAAGAUUGUGAUUCUGUUGGACUACACCUUCCAAGAUCUUAAGAGUUUGAAACACCUGGAAGUGGGAGACAAUGAACUGGUUUAUAUUUCCCACAAGGCAUUCUCAGGGCUACUGGGACUGGAAGAUCUCACCAUAGCCCGCUGCAACCUGACAUCCAUCUCAGGCCAGACGUUGUCCUAUCUCCGCAGCCUGGUCACCCUCCGCCUCCAUCACCUCAGCAUCAUGGCUCUGGAAGACCAGAAUUUCCGCAAGCUUUCAAAUUUGAGAGCUCUGGACAUCAACCACUGGCCAUACCUGGAGUACAUCUCAUCUCUUAGUUUCCAGGGUCUGGAUCUCCACUGGCUCUCCAUUACCAACACCAACAUCACGUCCGUCCCAUCUGGCUCCUUCAAAAACAUGGUGCAUCUAACCCACCUCAACCUUUCGUACAACCCCAUCACAGCACUGGAGCCUUGGGCCUUCAGAGAUUUGCUGAGGUUGAAGGAGCUCAUCAUGGUCAGCACAGGGUUGGUGACAGUGGAGCCCCAUGCUCUCGGAGGUCUCCGUCAGCUCCGGGUCCUGAACUUCUCCUCAAAUGACCUUCAGACUUUGGAAGAGGGUUCCUUCCACUCUGUGAACAGUCUGGAGACUAUCAGAGUGGACGGGAACCCUCUCAUGUGUGACUGCCGUCUGUUGUGGAUCCUGCAAAGGCGCAAGACCCUCAACUUUGACGGCAGAGUACCGGUGUGUGCAGGGCCCGUGGAGGUGCAAGGGGUCAUCCUGAGUAGCUUCACCGAUUCUGCACUCUUUGAUCAUUUUACAUGCCAGAAACCUAAAAUACGCAACCGCAAGCUUCAGCAGGUGACAGCUCGAGAGGGCCAGCCGGUGAAUUUCCUUUGCCGUGCCGAAGGAGAACCGACGCCGGCUAUCAUCUGGAUAUCCCCACAGCGUCGACGGAUCACAGCUAAGAGCUCGGGCCGGGUCACCGUUCUCCCAAGUGGCACCUUGGAGAUCCGUUACGCCCAGCUUACUGACAGCGGAACGUAUAUCUGCAUCGCCAGUAAUGCCGGCGGCAAUGACACCUACUUUGCUACGCUCACAGUUCGCAGCCAGCCAAUGGAUGCAGCCUCAGCCUUUUUUCUCAAUCGCUCGCUCUACAGCGGCGAGUUCUUCAAUGAUACAAACCUGAAUAGCACUCGGGUGUUCCUGAAAUUUACCUUGGACUUGACCACCAUCUUGGUCUCCACGGCAAUGGGUUGCAUCACUUUUCUGGGGGUGGUCCUCUUCUGUUUCCUGCUCUUGUUCGUGUGGAGCCGAGGACGUGGCCAACGCAAGAACAACUUCACAGUGGAGUACUCCUUCCGUAAAUCCGAGCCCGCUACGGGGAGCACUUCCGGAGGGACCCGGAAGUUUAAUAUGAAAAUGAUAUGAAACAACGCAGCCAGGGGUCCCUCGGGGGAGGCAUGAGCACGUCUCAAAAAAAACGUGUUUGACACACGUAAACACACACAGCCACUGAAUCGCACCAUGAUUGCUGUCAAUGGCUUCUAUUUUAAAACAGGAGCCAGGAUUCAAUCUGUAAAAAAUCAUGUUUCAAAUUAUACAGUAAGAAAAUGCAAAAAGUGAUGGGAAUGAAAAUCUUUCACGCUUUAUAUCAAUUCAUGGAAGAGUGGCUUUCUCUCGGCUUUCAUUAAUAGGGGAUUGGGGAAAAUCUUUUUUAUUUAAAUUUCUCAAUUCUGCUGUUUUGCAGUUGGGUCAUUUAAAAAAUUUUUUUUUAUAAUUUUCUUGAUAUUAAGUACAUGUUCUUAAGAAGCAUGCAUGGCAGACUGAGACAAGGGUUAAAUCCUUCAGUGAUGUCACCAAUUAUAAUUUAUUUGACAAAAUGUAUAUAAAUAUUUACAAAUAACUUAUUGAAGCUUUGGAAUGAGGAAAAAGAUUCGGCCUUUAUUGGGUUAUUUGCGACAUUAGCUGUGUGAGUUUGGGACGAGCACGCCGGCCAAGGGUUGCCAUGGUGUUUUGUGUCCAUGUAGUUUGGUUCAAAGACAAGCCCGCUGGACACGGAGCACCAUGGCAACCAAAAGAACCAACGCAACAGAGAGCACCGGGACCGGCUUGUUUGCCGAAAGCGAGUCGGGGGGGGUCAAGUAUAAAGGAUGGAAGCGGUCAUCUUUCUCCUCUUUGCAGCAUUAAAAGGCAAACGCUGAGCUGCAAUGGGCAGAUGAGCGUUGCUCUUUUGUCCCUCAGCUCUCUGCUGCGUUGGUGGACAGCUGAGCUUCCAAACGCUGCCAAGGGGGGGCAGCCUGGAUGGUUGGCACCUACUCAGAGGCAGACAGAGGACACGCCGCAGACAACACGCUGACACGUGCACAAUCAUCCUCACACAUCCAAAAAUGAGUAACCUACAUCUUGCAGUACACGGACAGUCGAUGUUCUCUCAGGAAAAGGCAAAUUACGAAAGUGGCUAUCGGCUAGAACAUUCCAGCAAUAAUUCAUUCCCUGGGCGAAAGUUGUUAUAUAUUUAUGAAUGAAGAAACUAAGCUUUGCUUUUAUGGAGUAUCUUAAAACCCGUGCAGCAAAGAGAUUUUCAUUAGUGCAAAGAUGAACAAGCUUGUGGUGCCGAGUCCAACCGUCAACACGUACCGCCGACGUGUGUGCAGACUCCCAUUUAACCUAAAUUUGAAUGUGAUUGGAUGAUUCUGUCCGCAGACAACCAAGUUACAUGGGGGUGUGCACACUUUUGCAACCAUUUUUUUUCCCCAAUGAAAUACAGAUUAUAGGUCAGAUAAAUAAUGAAUUUGCGCUUGGUCUAGCGAUCAUACAUCUUUUUUUCAUAACGCACAAACUUGGCAUUUGAAUGGCAACUGUGUGGACUUUUGAUGUCCACUCGGUACACACCAAAAAAAAAGUGUGCCUGCUCUUUCUCUGUCUCUGCGAUGGUCGGCGUGCAAAUGUCUCUGCCUCCCCUAGCCCAGUGCACCCCCUACUCCCCCCACUUGCCCAACCUUCCCCAUACACCCCACUGGGUCCUCCUUUUGGGAGGGGUCCCUGGCUGGAGACCACAGAAACAAAUGUAAAUGAAGUCACGUUAACCCUACCCACAACAUCUGCAUUGUGCAGUAGAAAGUGGUACUGUGUUUUUUUUUUUUUCGUCAGUAGCUUCUCUCGGAGCUGAUCUGUUGUUUCUUUCCGUUGUUCGUCAUCCAGUUUUGAGUUCCUCGUCUUUCGUCAUCUGUAACCCGUUUCUCCGUGUGGGCCUGUUCUGUUCUCAACACAUACUUAAGCUCCCUCAGUGUUGAAAUUUUAAUAACUUGGCACAUAUUUUGUUCAGAUUCUAAUGGGCAUUUUUGUCAUGAGCUGACCAAAAAUAAUUUGAAUUGACCAUGUCUGAGUUUGUUUCAUAUUUAAACAGAUCAGUUCAUUUAAUAAAAUUUCAUCUCGGCAUUUAAUUUGAUUUUAGCUUCGAAAUAGCCGCACCAUGAUAAAAGUAACUGACAGAUCUAUUUUAUUUUGUCGUAUUGCCACCCUGUGUUAAGAACAGACCCCCCCCCCCCAUGCACCCCCCUUCCAAAUCGUAAUUGUACCCUCUCCCUUAAUCACGCCACUUGUGUUUCCAUUCGUCCAUCUUCCCCAAUGGAAAUUAGGUUUAGAAGACAUCAGGAAUGUCCGUAGUGAUCUGCGAUGGUGUUAUUAUGUGCACAUCAAUAUAAGAAUAGUUAAGGGUGAGUUUUGUUGUUAACUUCCUUCUCUGUCUUCUCCCUCUUUGCCAUCUUUCUCCCUCCGGGCCUUUUGGCAUCCUCCUUUUUCUCCGGUUCACAGUAUUAGGCUGGAAUGUGGUUGUGUGGUAGUAGACACGUGUUCCGUGUGCUCGUUGUGUUGUCGUGGUGGGAUGCCAUUCAAACUGGUUGGAGUUUUUAAAAAAAAAAAGAUAUGGAAGGGGUGACCCAGGAUUCCUAAAAACAAAAGAAAAUCCCUCCUUCUCCUCCCAAAACAUGACUGGGACUUUCCUGCUCUGCACUGGGAUAUUUCUCUGGCUGUGAUUUGUUUUUUUUUCUACAGAUUUCUUCCACUACACCUGAAGAAGAACGCCAUCACCACAAUCCAACGCAUAAUGCUUUGGGACAUUGACAUUUUACUCAAGGAUAGAAAGAACCACUCAGUCCCUAAGAAUUUUUUGCUUGUAUCCAUUUGCAAAGGCUUUGAAUCAAGCCUUUCCGAGCAUUCCCUCCGUAAGCAUUGAGUAGCUUUAAAACCAUCGCCUCCGUCUAUAGCUCGAUUCAUCUCUGCUGCGAUUCUUCAGAAAGUAGGCUUAGCAACGUCCCCCUCCUCCCUCCUCCGGUACGCCUGAGGUUGGUUUAUCGUCACCGACACGCUCCAUUCACAGCAGCAGCAGAUUUAUUAGGAUAUGGGAAACGCUUGCAUUAUGUAGAUUGUUCUGGUUUCAACAUUUGACUUGUAUAAAUUCAAAAACGUCCUAUAUUUCGGUGACAAACGUAACCAUCACUUUGGACUUGGCUCUCCGUCAUUCCAGCCACCUCUAAAUGAAUGAAUCUUCACUCCAGCUCUCACAGUUGAUAUUUUGAUUGGAUCAGACAUUCAUAGGAUGACAGUGAAGCCAGCUUGGCUGAUUUGGUAGCCUAUUCGUCACAUUUCCAAAACAGACUUCUCAGAAAUAGUGGAGGCCAGAAAUAUGUAGAUGCAAAUGACUGCAAGUGCAAUUGUCAACAGAAACGUGUGAGGCAAAACUGGGAUGUCUGAAACCCGUCCAGAACAUUUCCAGCUACAGUAGUGUGGCAAUACUGUACUGUGCUGCCCUCUAGUGGCCAGUAAGAAUAACACCAAGCGCGCUGGGCACUACGACGCUGCUAGAUGAUGAUUGCUUUUGGCUUCUCGGUAACAAAUAAUUAUAAGGAGACUAAAAUUGACUGUUGUGGUCGUUGACUAGUCAGUGCUGUAAUGACUUUCUCACAAGGCUCCAAUAGAGCAAAAGCAACUAAAAAGUCACCCCGCCCCUUCAAAUGUCUUUUUUUUUUGUGAUAUAAAAAAAAAAAAUACUACGUCAUCAAGAUUUUAAAAUCUUUUUCAACUACUAAUGUGAAGGAUAACCUGGACAAAGUUUUCUGAGGUCUGCAGCUAUAGAUAAGUGAUUAGUAUGCCAAGGAUGCUGGCGGGUCUGAUCAAUGCUGUGCGAGGACCGGAUUAUCAAUGGCAUACGUUCAUUGAUCUAUCUUGAACCUUGUCACUGGAACAAUUCCUUUCAAGGAGUGGGAGGAGUAAAGAGACCUGCUUGGCACUCAUUACCUUUUAAAAUGAAAUAACAAGCUGGAGUUUAAUAAUAAUUCCCCUGGUCAAUAGUGACAUAACACAUUUUCCUAUAUUGAUGGAAUUGCUUGAGUGCAGAAAUAUACCACAGACAAUUGUAUUACAUUUUGUCGGGGUUCUUAUCCUGGCGUUGAAUUCUUCAGAAAGCAGUCUCAUUUAUUUAUUUAUUUAUUUUUGCACCAAUUUUAUUAGGUCCAUGACCGGAUAUCUUGUGCUCCAAUUAAAUACCGAUCCAAUGUAAAGACAAACAUUGCUAACUUAAAAUGGGCAAUCACUAAAGCAUGUAAAGGAGAGACUGUUAUGAACCUUAUGGGAACUCUGACCAUCCAGUCGUCUGUUGAAAAAAAAAAAAUCUUUGUAUUAAAAUGUGCAAAUCCUUGGGUGUGAAGAAUGUACAUAUAGAUCUAUUAUCCAUAUGGUGUCAUCAAAUCUGUAGACUUUGUUGCCAUGUCUGACAGAGGAAAAUGACUGUUGACUGUAAAUAUUGUAGGUAUAGUAAAAUAGAGUAUAGUAAUAUAAAGGUUGCUGUAAGUAGUGCUUUUUUUUCUCCAGGGAUCACGCAUGUUUUGAUGAGCUCCAUUGCCGCUUGGUCUCAAUGGGAAAGAAAAAAAACACAAUGUAAAAUUGCAAAUAAAAACAA